CAUGCACAGAAGCCAUUCACUGGGCAUGAAAUUGUAAUAUUUCAUCCGCUUUGUUUUUGCUUUAAAAUAAGAAGACUGAUUGCAAGUCAUACGCUCCUGUGAAAAAUUCAUUGUUUCCUGUUAGUGACUGCUGCUGUGGGAAUGGCUGGGAUUUUACAAUGACAGAGAUCACAAAGGAUUAUGAGCUCUCCAUACAAAGAAGAAACUGGCGAAGGGACUGAGGGAUAUGGGGAAAGUCUGCUUCUCACACAAACAACUUCAGAAAAAGCACUAUGAAGAGAGGAACUAGAAACAUUGUUGAAAGGUGGACUAUCAGCUGUUGAUCCCUCUGCUGACAGUAAAAAAAGACAUGCCAAUUGCUCGCUGCCAUUAACAAUGACCAUGACCCUUCAUACCAAAACCUCUGGAGUUGCCCUGCUGCACCAGAUUCAAGGCACUGAACUGGAGACUUUGAGCAGACCUCAGCUGAAGAUUCCCCUGGAUCGGUCACUCAGUGAGAUGUAUGUAGAGAGCAACAAGACAGGGGUUUUUAACUACCCAGAAGGCACCACUUAUGACUUUGCCACUGCCGCUCCGGUGUACAGCUCUACUAGCCUCAGUUAUGCCCCUGCUUCUGAAUCAUUUGGGUCCAGCAGUCUGGGAGGGUUUCAUUCGCUGAACAAUGUCCCUCCAAGCCCCGUGGUAUUCUUACAAACUGCGCCACAGCUCUCACCCUUCAUCCAUCACCACAGCCAACAGGUACCCUACUACCUUGAAAAUGAUCAAAGCAGCUUUGGGAUGAGAGAAGCUGGCCCUCCAGCCUUCUACAGGCCAAGCUCGGAUAACAGGCGACAAGGGAGCAGGGAGAGGAUGUCCAGCACCAGUGAAAAGGGCAGUCUGUCCAUGGAAUCCACCAAGGAAACCCGCUACUGUGCUGUGUGCAAUGACUAUGCUUCAGGCUACCAUUAUGGAGUCUGGUCUUGCGAGGGCUGUAAGGCCUUCUUCAAAAGAAGCAUUCAAGGGCACAACGACUACAUGUGUCCCGCUACUAACCAGUGCACCAUCGACAAGAACAGGAGAAAGAGCUGUCAGGCCUGCCGGCUGCGAAAGUGCUAUGAAGUGGGAAUGAUGAAAGGUGGGAUCCGAAAAGACCGCAGAGGCGGACGUAUGCUGAAACACAAACGUCAAAGAGAGGAACAGGAUGCCAGGAUUGCAGGGACUUCUUCUACUGAGAUGAGAACCCCCACCCUCUGGACAAGUCCUCUUGUGAUUAAGCAUAGCAAGAAGAACAGUCCAGCUUUGUCCCUUACAGCAGAGCAGAUGGUCAGUGCCUUACUGGAAGCUGAACCACCCAUAGUCUAUUCAGAGUAUGAUCCUAACAGACCUUUCAGUGAAGCCUCCAUGAUGACCCUGUUGACCAACCUUGCAGACAGGGAACUGGUGCACAUGAUCAACUGGGCAAAAAGGGUCCCAGGGUUUGUGGAUUUAACACUCCAUGAUCAGGUACAUCUACUGGAAUGUGCCUGGUUAGAGAUACUGAUGAUUGGCUUAGUCUGGCGUUCAAUGGAACAUCCGGGAAAACUCUUAUUUGCACCUAAUCUAUUACUGGACAGGAAUCAAGGGAAGUGCGUAGAGGGCAUGGUGGAGAUCUUUGACAUGUUGCUGGCCACUGCUGCUCGGUUCCGUGUGAUGAAUCUCCAGGGGGAGGAAUUUGUGUGCCUUAAGUCAAUCAUCCUGCUCAAUUCAGGUGUGUAUACAUUUCUUUCCAGCACCUUGAAAUCUUUGGAAGAGAAGGAGCAUAUUCAUCGUGUUCUGGACAAAAUCACAGAUACAUUGAUUCAUUUAAUGGCCAAGUCGGGUCUCUCUCCAGAUCAGCAACACAGACGACUGGCUCAGCUCCUCCUCAUACUCUCACACAUCAGGCACAUGAGCAAUAAAGGGAUGGAGCACCUAUACAACAUGAAGUGCAAAAAUGUAGUCCCGCUUUAUGAUUUAUUGCUGGAAAUGCUAGAUGCUCACCGAUUGCAUGCCCCAGCAGCCAAAAAUGCUCCCCAGAUGGAAGAAGAGAAUCGGAGCCAGUUGACAACUGCAUCAACUUCAUCACAUUCCUUGCAGACCUUUUAUGUAAACAGGGAAGAUGAGAAUUUGCAAAAUACAGUAUGAGCGUUCACAUGUUAAAAAAGCCUACAAGGUUCUGAGAAUCCCAACAGCAUACUACCUAGUUCAUACAUCACUUUAGCUAAAUUGCCACACGUGUAAACACUCCAAUAGGCACCAGUGAUUUCCAGUCUGAGUGUUCAUUGAUCACUUGCUAAAAUCCUUAAUGGAAGAGGUUUUGUUAUUAUGGAGGGCCUGCAAGGAUGGGAGGCCCAUUUAAUUUGAAAUGGCUCUUAUUUACCCCAUGCAUUAAUUAGGGUGAGGAUUCCUGGAGUCUUUAUCAGCACAAGAUUUUGUUGACUGUUUGCUGGGAAUCAUUUGAGCCUGGGCCCGAGCUGAGUUUGAGUAAUUGAUGUUUCCACUGAAAGGUUGAGUGGCUCCAGGCUGAGCCACAAGGAAGCCCCACUAAAGACUGCCUAGUUACAUAGCUCAGUUCUUGGGAGAUUCCAGCCUGUCAUAUUCAUACCGUGACAAAGUGCUCCUUUCCGAAAGUAAUAUUGUUUUAAAAUUUCCCUUCCUUGCUGACAUCAGCAGAUGUUUCCCCCUUCAUGAAUACAUAGAAUUUAUAUCCAGUUGUGGUUAUAUAAUCCAAUGACCAUACUGGAUUGAAUGCACUUAAUCUUCUCUUAUCUCAGUCCUGGGGUGGGUAGUACUUUGAUGGGAAGCCAGCUAGAAAACGUGUGCCUUUCUGUGGAUGUAUGCCAUUGCCUUUAAUAUUAAUAAGUGUUGUCAAACUCUAUUCAACUCACCCAUCCAUUUAUUUUGAGGAAGCUUUAUGGCUUGUGUUCUAUACGAGGUCAGACUAGAUGAUCACAAUGGUCCCUUUGGGCCUUGGAAUCAUGAAUGUAUGUAAUUCCCACUGACACUAAUAGGAGUUUAAACCACUUAUGAAGGGCAUCUAAUAAAGGGGAAGGUAAACUCUAAACUUCCCUCUACUGGGUACCAUUAAAAAUUAGGCACUUACCACCCUUUCUAGUAUCUCACAUUCUAAUUAAAGAGAAUACUGCAAACAUUGCAAUAAAUGAUCAUUUCUAAUGGUCCCCACUGCAACAAAAGUAGAACUCCUUGUAUGCUGAUAAACAACUUGUGGUAGGGAAGAACAGACAUAGAGAGGGACAGUACAAGUUUACGCUGCAAGGCCUAAUAUACCCUCAGGCAUGUGCAUCUUGACUUCAGUGGGAGUUGGCGGGUGGGGAGGGAGGAUGUAUAUAUCAGAACACAGACUUUAGUUCUAAAUCUGCAGGUAACUACUAGCUGCAUGUGCUGUAUUUUUUCAGAAUCCCUAGGAAGCUGGUGAGCUCUCAACUUGUGAAGCGCUUUCAUCUCAUCUUAAUUUAACAACCCUCUUGCUAAUGCAUAUCACUAGUUUCGUUUCCAGUAGACUCAUUUUUUUGUGAAUAUGAUAAAGCACUUGUCUUUGUGCUUAUGCAGAGAAAGAAUUGGUAUUUCUUUGCAAUUCAUUACCCAAAGGCCAUUGGGGGCUCCUAAGUGCCUUGUCCAAAAUGUACACAUUUGUAUUUUCAUUUUGUAGCCAUUUUUUCGUGUUGAGAAAAUCUUGGUGUACUGUAUAUUAUUGACAUAAAUAAGCAGAGGUGAAGAUCUGAAUGGGCCACAGGAAUCUUGUACCUAAGUUUAAAAGACAAAUGUCACCCAAUUGUAGCCCAGAGUUGCCCAUCAAAUAUAGUGUGUUAACAACUUCCAUGUUCUUUAUUAUAAACUAGACAGAGCUCCUCUAAACUUCACAUUAUUUAAAUUAAUGGCUCCUUCCUUGGUUCUCCCAACAAAUAAGCACACUGGGUCAAAUUAAUCCUUGGAUGAAUUUAAAUAAAUGAAUUUGGGCCAUGGUUUCUGAUACUUUAGCCAUGGUGAGUAGCACCCUCAGCUGCAAAUUGUCCCACUGAAGUCAAUGAGCCUGCAUAUGGGAUAAAGUGCUACCCAACAUAAGGAAGGGUAUCAAAACAUGGCCCAGACUAUUAAAAAUAAUUUGACAAAUAGGGGUGCACACCAGCAACUUGGGAUUCUUUGUUAGCCUUGUCCUUUGCAAUAAGACCUCAUUUAGUUCAAAUGUAUAUUGUAACAAAAGCAGUGGGAGCCCAAGAGAGAAAAAUGAUUUCCCACAAUACAUACUUUUAACUUGGAGGCAAUGUCUGUGAUCGACAUCAUUAACUUGUUCAAAACUUAAUUUUUUUCUUUAAAUAGCACCUUAAAUAAUGUUAUAUGUAAAAGACGCAUUGCUCACAUAUCAGACAAUUGAAUGUAGCCAUUCAAUAAACCCAGUUGACAAAGUCUAUAAUACAUAAAACAAAAUAUGUUUUCAUAUGCUUUUGAGGUACCAUAUCACAUAUGUAGUUAUCUGUGCCUGAGGCUAACUGAUUGUUAGCUUAUAUGAUGAUUAUAUUUCAUAUAUACUUUUAUAUUUGCAGUAGAUAAGCCAGCACUAACUGAGACACCGAGUGCUGGAUAUGAAAAAGAAAAAUAAUAUCCUGUAGAGACUACAUUUGAGAAGGAAAAAUAUUCAGGGAAGCUAAUUAUGCUUUUACCAAACAAUAGUAGAGCAGAUGAACUUGCUUUGCAUAGCAAACCUGUUGCCAUUCAAAUAACAAUCAUUUUAAGAAGUUCAGGGCACAUGUGAAAGUAGUAAUGUGAACUUGCUCAUCUGAUGAUAUCUGGGUUUCCAACAGAGUAUGAAAGCCACUUCUUGUUUGUAGUGGACUUGAUCUUGCAGACUUUGUCUCAGGUAAAACUCCUAUGAAAGACAACAGGAGUUGUUCUGAAGUAAAAAUAAAACAAA